AUGGGAAAAACAUCUAUUGCAAGAAAGCGAUCCAACAACGUGCCAUUCAAAUGCACCAAGUGUAAACAGUGGUUCAAUUGUACUGGUAAUGGACGAGCGAAUCAGUCAGCUCAUUACCUCCAUUGCAACCCAACAACUACCCCCCUUAUUCGUGUUCCUGAAAAUAACGAUGUGAACAAUCGUGAUCCCAUCAACGAACAACAGCUCAGUGGGCAGUUAGUGGAAGAAAACAUGUCGCCUGUUCUUGCUGCAUCCAUUUUUAACGAUGAGAGUGAUGCCAUCAUGGAUUGCGAUUACGUGUCUGUUGGUGGAAUGUCGGAUGGGGAUUAUCAGCAACCACCAAGACCAACACCAGCACCAGUACCAGCACACCAUGACGGUCACAAUCAAGCCAUGGAUGUUGUGGAUGAAAACUUUGCCGGUCCAGAGAUUCGUUUUGACGAUAAUGAGACGACAAGUAAUCGUGCUGUGGAGUACUCGAUGCGGCUUUUUCAUGUGGCGAAAAGACGUGGCCUAUCGAGAGAUGGCUAUAACGAGAUGAUGACACUUUUCAACAUGUUCAUCAAAGGAGACGACGAUACUACUCCUGGACCUCUCAUGUCGUAUUUCAAAACCAAUAGUGCAUACAACAACGCUAUGGGGGUGGAGCCUGUAUCAUAUGAUGCUUGCCCAAGAGGAUGCAUGAUGUAUUAUGGUGAUGAAGCUAUCCAGCGUUGUGGCCACUGCGGUGAAAUGCGAUGUGAUGAGAGUGGUAAACCUCGUUCUCGAGUACAAUACCUGCCACUCAUCCGUCAACUUGCACGUCUACUCUAUGAUCCUGAAACCCGUGAGCUUCUUCGUUACCGCCAUGAACGUGAAUUACCAGCACAGGAUUCGACGUAUCAAGACCGAGCUUUAUCAUUGCUGGAUCUCGAUGAAGAAGAAAGAGACAAGGCAGAAACAGAGUGCGACUGUGAACAUCGCGUAAACUACUUAUUGGCUUGUCGUCAUAUGCUUCCACUUGACCAAAGUGCCCAAGUGCAAGUAGAUAUGGUGCACUGUAGAUGGCACCUUGAAAAGCAAAAUAUGCAUGUUGAUACGCUACCGCUCGACGAUGGUGUUGAGCGUGCUGUUGACGAAAACUUCAGUACUGCUAUGAACGAUAUCGCCGACCUUUACGAAACUUUACCCGAUAGCCAGCAACGUACUGAUCUCAUCGAAGCCUUGCGCAAUCUCAUGGAGUCAUUCAAACCACUAGAUGACAAGCUUCGUUUUCCUAAAGAUGUUGUAACGAAGGGCCGCAAAAAGAAUCUAAAAGGAUCCAGAGAUCCAUCUAGAUUUGAAAUAGCUGAAAAGGAAGAAAUGGCAAAGGAGAAGGCCAAAUCCAAAGAAGAUGCAAAAAAGGUGGAUGAAUCGCAUACUGUUUGUGAUAAGAAGAGCGAUAGCAUGGAGCAGCAAGGCAAAAAACGUUCAACCCAAUAUGCCGACCCUGAGGAUCUAUGGCCAAAACCUACGAACUAUCACAAGCCAAGGAUGGAUGUUCCAGAAUGGGUGCAAAGUAUAAUCACUGUCAAGGCUGAUGGUUGCUGCGGUUGGAGAGCCCUUGCUGCACAAGUCCAUGGCAACGAAAACGAGUAUUUGAAGAUAAAGGAAGCAAUACUACUAGCGGCUGAAUCAGAUGCUGACGUUUACAAGAAAUACAUCACCUUCGGUGAUAAAGAGUACGACUACAUGAUGGCAAGAUUGUCAUAUGGUCUUACUCCUGAAACAGAAGCAUUCGUUGGCGAUUGGUGUGAGGAGGCGUAUUGGGUCGAUGCCAAUACAAUGGCUCAAGUAGCUGCUGACGCUUUCGGAUACCCAGUAGCUGUAUAUCAAACAGUAACUCAGGUUGGGAUAACCCCGGAAUUGCCAAAGCUAUUUUUGCCUCUUGAUCCCCCCGUGCGCGGUACCUUACACAAACCAUUGAUCUUGCAUCUAGUGGGUAAACACUACUACUCACUUAUCAUCAAACCUACAAUCCGAAUCGAAUGGCCCCCGGUUCCUCACUGGCAUGGUGAAUCUUGGAUUGAAAGAAAAGUACCACAAAGCUACAAAUCAUCAUGGAGGCACCUACACAACAAGAAAGCUAAACCAGGAACAACAUCCUAUCAUCCUGGCAUCCUUAGUUAA